CAUGAAGCUGAAAGAGAAAAAAUCGAGGCCAGAGCCACCAAACUAUGGCAGAAUUCAGAGGAAGGGCAUCAAAGUUGUGGGAAAAUGGAAGCAGGUGAAGAUUGACCCAAAUAUGUUUGCAAACGGACAGAUGGAUGACUUGGUGUGCUUUGAGGAACUGACGGAUUAUCAGUUGGUCUCCUCUGGGGAGGGUUCCUCCAGUCUCUUCUCAAAGGAGGAGCCCAAGAAGAGAAAGUCACAAGCUGUUUCAGAAGGAGAGGAGGAAGGAGAGUCUACCUCCUCAAAGAAGAAGAUGAAGUUGAAGAAGAGUAGAGCUGUGGAAACUGAAGGAAGCAGUGCCCAGAAAGUGUUUGAGGGCAAAGAUACUGAGCCAGGGCCCCAGGGAGAUGGCACAGUUUGUCCUGAUCCAGAGGUAGGGGAGAUGGCAUCAGAAAGCCCGGCCCAGACGGUUCCAAAAAAGAAGAACAAGAAAGGGAAAAAAAAAUCAGAGCCUCCCCAGGGUACUACUCCAAAGGUGCCCAAAAGAGCAAAGACGUGGAUGCCUGAAAUGCGUGAUCACAAGGCAGAUGUAUCAGCUUGGAAGGAUCUGUUUGUACCCAAGCCAGUUCUCCGAGCGCUCAGCUUCCUAGGCUUCUCUGCGCCCACACCAGUCCAAGCUCUGACCUUGGCACCUGCCAUUCGUGACAAACUGGACAUCCUUGGGGCUGCUGAGACAGGAAGUGGGAAAACUCUUGCCUUUGCCAUUCCAAUGAUUCAUGCGGUGCUGCAGUGGCAGGUGAAGAAGAAGCCUAUCCCAGCUCUAAGUAACACAGGAGCACCACUUGGGAAGACCAGUAAUGAGGCUGGCGUUGAGACAGGAUCACCAGGCAGGGCUGGAACUGAGUCUGGAGCUUUGCCGCUGAGAUUGGAAGCACUGCCCAGGGAGGCUGGAGCGAAGGCUAGAGCACCACGCAGCCAGGCAAGAGCCAAGAUUGGAGCUACAGUCUCAGACCAGGUGCUGCCCUCCUGUGAUGAUGAUGAUGAUGAUGCCGGUGAAGGACCUUCUUCCCUGAUCAGGGAGACGCCCAUUCCCAAACAGGAUGAAAACAAGGAGGACAGGCUUGAUGAAGAGCAGACUAGAAAGUUCAAACAAGAAUUGGGUGGCAGAAUUGCACAUCCAAGGCGUCCUCUGCUUGGACUGGUUCUGGCUCCCACUCGAGAGCUAGCCGUUCAAGUCAAACAACACAUUGAUGCUGUGGCCAAGUUUACAGGCAUUAAAACUGCUAUUUUGGUUGGUGGAAUGUCCACACAGAAACAGCAGAGGAUGCUGAACCGUCAGCCUGAGAUUGUGAUUGCCACUCCAGGCCGGCUGUGGGAGCUAGUUAAAGAAAAGCACCCUCAUUUGAGCAACCUUCGGCAGCUCAGGUGCCUGGUGGUCGAUGAGGCUGACCGCAUGGUUGAGAAAGGCCACUUUGCUGAGCUCUCAAAGCUGCUAGAGAUGCUCAGUGAUUCCCAGUACAACCCAAAGAGACAGACACUUGUUUUUUCGGCCACGCUGACCCUGGUACAUCAAGCUCCUGCUCGAAUCCUUCACAAGAAGCACGCUAAGAAAAUUGACAAAACUGCCAAACUUGACCUCCUCAUGCAGAAGAUUGGCAUGAGGGGCAAGCCCAAGGUCAUCGACCUUACAAGAAAGGAGGCCACGGUAGAGACACUUACAGAGACCAAGAUCCAUUGUGAGACUGAUGAGAAAGACUUAUAUCUGCACUACUUCCUGAUGCAGUAUGCAGGCCGCACCUUAGUGUUUGCCAACAGUAUCUCCUGCAUCAAACGCCUCUCUGGGCUCCUCAAAGUCCUGGAUAUCAUGCCACUGACCCUACAUGCCUGCAUGCACCAGAAGCAGAGGCUCAGAAACCUGGAGCAGUUUGCCCAUCUGGAGGAUUGUGUUCUGGCAACAGAUGUGGCAGCUCGGGGCCUGGAUAUUCCUAAAGUCCAGCAUGUCAUCCAUUACCAGGUAGGGACAUCAGGGAAUUUGUAGGCAUCUCCCAACAUU